UUAAGCGUGAUCUCGACUGUAAAUAUUUCUUUGUUUAACUCUCUUUCAGCUACAUGGCAAAAGGUUAAUGUUGCGCCAGUGUGUUUUGGAGCCAAAGAUAACCAGUUCGGCAGGUUUCACGUUCCACCUGGAAGGCUAGCCGCUAUUAAAUUGGUUCAUCUAUACGGUUACGUGUCCUGUUACACUCCAGGUAAUCUAUGGUGGUCUUACUGGGGCUGUGGCGAGAAUCCAUGGAGCGGGUUAAAGAAUCAAGUUAACGUUGUCAUAACAACCUCAGCCAAUCAGGAUAUACUACCGCCAAGCGAGUUCCUCGGUGAUAAAAAAUUAUUGAAGAAAUUAAAGUGGCACAAGAUCCCGGGAUUUAACUCCCUCUCGCCGGAGCUUGUUCUGUCAGUUAUGUCGACUCCUUACUGGAUAGCCGACAACCACGAAUUACGCGUGUGGUACGGUGAAGACUUGAUGAAUUCAAGCGAAGAAGACAACGGAGGAACAGUGUGCGCUGAUGUCUAUGCUCUUUUUGUGUGA